AUGGCUCUUCGCCUUGGGCUAGUCCUGGUUCUCUUCCUCCUGGCCUUGGCCAUGGCGGCGGAGUCAUCAUCCUCACCGUUACAUUGGGGUGUCACCACCACCACCACCCAUUUUUCCAGUCCAUCGCGCGGUGACGGACUUAUUGGGGACUUCAUUGACGUGGAGGAGGAGACGAUGAUGGAGUCGGAGUCAGCCCGACGAGUCCUCGCCUCAGGUAGGUACAUCAGCUAUGGUGCAAUGCAGAGGAAUAAUGUCCCAUGUAACCGCCGUGGAAACUCUUACUAUAACUGCAAUUCACGUGGAAGGGCUAACCCUUACCGGCGGGGCUGCAAUGUCAUCACCAAGUGCGGUAGGCGUACCUGA